GUGCCUGAAUUGAACCUUCAAGGUCGUAGUUACCUUGUAUUGAUAUUGUUUCAAACCUCGAGUAUAUUUGGAAUGAAAUAGCGAUUUGAUUGUUUUUACUUUUAGCGCAGAUCUUCGGCACAUGUAGACGUUUGCACCAAGACUAGUGAAAACUAGUUCUAAAGAUAAAAGUGUGUCAGCAACGCUUCUUUAGAGUCAGAAUUCUGACUCUCUUUCUCCCUCUUUAAAGAGGGAAUAACAUAACCUAUAAAUCCCUUCUGGCAUACUAAACGCAUCCAAGUUCGUUUUGAUUUUCGUUAAGCAGGAAUGUGAUUAAAGAUAUUUCGGUGUCAGUCGCAAUUAUGGUCAAUGUACUGUUAACAGUACAGUUAGCAACCCAAGAGAACGUACUUUCGAGUUAGACACAGACAUCUAUUAAUUUUAAUUACCGUAUAAGUGUUUGUCUCAAGCCGUAUCAUUGUUUGCUGUUCGUUUCUGCAUCUUUGUAAUUGCUUUCUAGUAGUUGUCAUAAGAAGCACCAACCACGCUUUAGAAGUAAUGACUGAGAUUCUAUGUUUCAUAUUUACAACUGGGUUGUAAGCCGUUUUGUGGUGAUAUGCUAGACCGCCUUUUUACAACAUGAAUAUCUUUCCCUGAAAGAACGGUUAUAUUCAGUUUAUGAGGUCACUUAUAUUAGAAUGAUCUAUAUGAUUUUAGGGAGAAGGAUAGUUUUUGACCAGCCAUAUCAAAAGACAAAAAAAACCCCAACGGACAUCGUUAUAAACUUGUACCGACUAUGUUGACUCUUGUGUAACUCGUACCUUAGUUGCCUUCUGGCUCGUUAUGCGAUAUUGAUGAUACAUAAGUUUAUAAGGUAACUAGCGAUUUUUUUUAGCCCUGUCAAAAUGUGUGCUUAUGUCCUUGUUUACAGAGAUAAUGGAAAGCAGUUUUUGUGAACCAUGUAUUUGAUGGCUUAAAACUGCCUACACUACUGUGGAUCUGUCCACUGUUUAUCUCCCUUUGAAUCCUACUGUUCUUCAUCCAGUCGUCAUAAGUAUCGUUCUUAUUUGUUUGUUUAUUUACUCAAAGAUUCUAGUACAUUAGGGAACCAAUAAUUGUGUCAUGCAAAUGAAGUGAUAUUUUGAGGUAAAAGUUGAAAAGGGUCAUAAAACUAAUAUAUGUGAACAGUAGUGGCAUUUAAUUAAAUCUACAGCUCCUUUUAAAAAAACUACCAUCAUGAAAGAUCCGCUGAUAGAAUUCAGUUCACUUUUAUCAAGCGUUUCAUAGAAAACGACAUCAGGGUCAGCAUUCUUUGAAUCUUCCCGUUUCUGUGGUCUUAUCUUUCGUGCGUCUACCUGUAUUAGUGGUUUCCCUUAUAAAAACUAGUCCAAUAUAAUGUAUUAUUACGCAUUUGGUUGUAAAUCACACCUGUCGUCAUGAUGUGAAAAUAUCGAAUUCCCUGACCUUUAGCAGCCAUGCUAACUUGAACUUUAGAAAUGAAUGCUUUCCAUCUGGAUGUUUAACCUUAACUAUUUUCAUAGUCUCUCAAAAUACUGUUUGUUUCUACUUCUGUGCAAAAUAACAAAACUCUUGUUCUGUUUUUGUUGGUAAAAACUCAGCAUUUUUUUCUGUUAAAAAUAUAGGUACGUAAUUGUUAACUUUCAAUAUGACAUAUUCAAAUUCGACAAUACCAACGCCGUGUUUGGAUCUUGCUAUGGAGGGUGAGAGAUUUUGCCGUGAAGGGGAUUGGAAUAAAGGCAUAUCUUAUUUUCUUAAAGCACUAGCAAUCGGAACGGAUGAUCUUAGUUGUCUAUCGGUCGUUUAUUGUCAGUUAGGCAAUGCUUAUUUCUACCAACAAGAUUACGCCAGAGCCUUGGAAUAUCAUCGUUGGAACCUUGCUCUAGCUAGUUGAUGGUUCUAAUUUGAAGAAAAUCUGGAACUAUUCAUUACAAGUAUGAAGAAAGUGGAGUAAUUAUCAAAGUUUUCGCAUCUUGUAGACCAUUAUUAUUGGUGUACAGUCGGCCAUAAUUUGUUUUCCUUAUAGAAGAAUGGGUGAUGGUAUUGGUGAAGCAUUCGCAACAGGAAAUCUUGGUAAUACACUUCAAAUGAUGGGCAAAUAUGACGAGGCAAUAAUGUGUUUCACACAUGAAUUAGCAAUUGCUAGACAGUUAAAUGACAAGAGAACAGAAGCUGGAGCUCUAUACAAUCUUGGUAGUGUAUAUCAAGCUAAGGGGAAACAAUGGUUACCGGAUUCUGGUGAAUUUCCGGCUGAUGCAGUUAAAGCACAAAGAAAAGCUGCUGAAUAUUACAAAAUGGGUCUUGAAUUAGUUCGAGCACUUGGUGAUCGACCUGCUGAAGGUCGAGCUCUUGGUAGUCUAGCAAAUGCUUAUUAUUUACUGAGUAAUUUCACUGAAGCAAUUGAAUGUUAUAGAGAACGUUUAAAAAUUGCUAAAGAAUUUGGUGAUCUAACUGCUCAACGACGUGCUCAUAGUAAUAUCGGUAAUGCAUUUAUAUUUUUAGCUGAUUUCAAUGCAGCCGUUGAACAUUAUCGAGAAGCAUUACAAUUAUCAGUACGUUUAAAGGACACAUCACUUGAAGCUCAAGCUUGUUUCAGUUUAGGAAAUACAUUUAUUCUAUUAAGGGACCCAAGUACUGCUGUUGUAUUCCUAUUGAGACAUCUCAUUAUUGCUCGUGGUCUAUUCGAUCGUAUAGGUGAAGGUCGAGCACAUUGGUCAUUAGCAAAUGCUUAUACUGCCUUAAAAAGAUAUGAUUUAGCUUUACGUUGCUCUAAACGUCAUCGUCGAAUUGCUCGUCAGCUGGGUGAUACCACAGGCUAUAUGACUGCUCAACUGAUGAUUGGUGAAAUCUGUAACUUAAUGACAAGUACACAAACAGAAUGCUCUACUCUGAUUGGUGCUUCUUGUAAAAAUGACAUAACGGACUCACAAUCAAACAAUUCAAAUUCAACCAUAAAUUAUUCGUCUGUACAACAGAGUUGUUUACUGGAUAUAAAUAAUUCGAAAUUAAAUGAAAAUAUUCUGUUCUUAAAAAAUAACCAUAAAUUACCAUGUGGUGCAAACAAUAACAAAUGUUGCAUUGAUGGGAAUAACAAUAGUGUCAGUACUAAUACUACUACUAUUUCUAAUCCUACUAAUACUAUUUUAACAAAUAAUAGUUGUACUGAUAUUAAUUUUUCAAAUAAUCCUCCCAUUGAUCUUCAUAUUACUGAUGGAAGUAAUUCUAGUCUAAUAAAUGGAUUAAUUUCACAGUCAUUAUUGGAUUCCUCUAAAACAAUCGAUCCCUCUGCAAACACUGACGUUGUUAGUAGUCGAAUAGAGAUAAAAAGUUCACAAUCAACUGUAACUAGUAAUUUUUCUACUACCACUGUUCCUUCCCCUACAACUGUGACAGCGAAUAUAAUUGAUAGUAAUCAUACUACUGAAAAUCAUUCACAUAAAGUAGUAAUUAACAAUGAUAAUGGUAACGAUGAUGAUAAUAAUCAAGAUGAUCUAGAUUUGGAAUUGGAUAAAGAUUUAGAAAAUGAAUUACUUGAAAAUUAUGAAGGUAUACUUGAAACAGUGGAAUUUGUAACUGUUACAGAAGAUGGACAAACUGUCACUUCACAAAUGGGUUGUUUGGAUGUUCCAACGCCUGUUCUAUCAGAGUCGAAAAAGGAAAACAUGGUUGAAUUUUAUUUAAGUGCUCCAUCAUUUCGUCCAAGUUUAUCACAACAAAUUGAUAUACCUAAUCUUCAAGAUAUUGAAGGCAAUUUAGAAUCAAUUGAAUCCAUGUCUCAGAUGAAUAGAAAUUCUAAUUUAUCAAGUGAAAAUUUAGAUUCUGGAAAUACAUGUAAUACUGUUGGUACUAGUUCGUCAGCAGUUGCAGUCGCUGCCGCAUCUCUAGUUGAAGAAGAACGUUCAGUAGAUCAACAAGAAAUGUUUUUCUCACUUCUACUUGAAUCACAAUCUCGUCGUAUGGAUGAACAACGUUGUUAUUUACGUACUACUGGACAAGGUACACCACCCAUUCAAUCGACUGAAACAAAUAGUGUACAAGAGUCAAACAAUGUUCAGUUGUCAUCUGGAAAUUCUCGUCGUACACCCGACUAUGAUAACUCUUCACUUCGCAAUCAAAUUGGUACAAAUGAAGAAGCUUUCUUUGACUUAAUCGAAGGGGUUCAGGGUGCUAGAAUGAAUGACCAACGAGCCAACUUAUCUGUUUUCCCUGGUCUUCGUUCUGGUCCAGGUCUUCAUUUAUUAGAUAGCAAUAAUAAUACUACUACUCCUGCUAAUAAUAACAACCGUUAUUUCGGUUCAACUAAUUCAGUGUUCAAAUCAACAAGUAGCUGUGCAAGUGAUGGUCUUCCAGAACCUAGACUACGCAAUAACAGCAGUAAUAAUGAUGAUGUCACUGGAUUAUUUGAUCACAAUCCAACCACCACCACUACAUUUCCUGCUACAAGAGCUAGUUGUGGUAGCUGUGAAACAGGAAGAGCGGUAAUAAGAGGAGGAGUAGGAAGUAAUGCUGCUGGUAGUGGUGUUGAUACACGUGGACGUCGCGGUCAUACUGUUUCAUCUACUGGUGAUUUGGACGAUGAGUUUUUAGAAAUGAUAUUUCGAAUUCAGACAUGUACACGAAUCAACGACCAACGAACCAAUCUACCUGAUCCCCUUACUCAAGUUCAAUCACAUACUAAUCCAACUCAUCGUAAUAAUGAUAAUGGUGAUGGUUCCAGGGGAAUUCGUCAACCAAUAAGUACAUCAGAAGCAACAACAAUAACAACGUCUAAUUCACACAGAGAAUUAACUUUAUAUACUUCAUCCGGUGCAUUUAAUAAUUUAACAAAUCGAUGUUCUGUCCCAGCUAUCGUUGAUGAUGAUGAUGGUGAUGCUAACGAUCUAUUUGCAUUAAUUCAACGUGUUCAAUCGACACGUUUAGAUGAACAACGAUGUCGUCCACCGUUGUAAUAAUAUUGUCAUUAUCUAGAAUCAUGUUUAUCAAACUGUGUAUGUAUGUCUGUAUGCUUCUACCGAUGGAACAAUUUUCAUGUUUGUAAACUCCCUAUACCAUUUGAUUUGUAAAAUAAUAGCCACAUGACUAAGUACGAAAUUCUAACAUUCUUCCCUCCAUAAAAAUCAAUUUUCGCGACAGUAGCCUUGUCGAGUGAUCAAUGUGGAGCAAUGAACAACAACAUGUAGGAUAAACAAUUGGGAGUGGAAAAAAAUUUUACCAGAAACGAUUGUGAAUUGUAUUAUAUAUUCUUUUCUUUUACUAAUCAUCACUUCGUCUUCAUCAUCGAGACAUAUUUAUUUCAUAUCUUCACAGUUGAACGAACUUGUAUCUCCUUUGGAUUUUUUAUUCCUGAAUUACUAAUCUUUAAUUGAAAAUCGUGAUUCGUUACAAUUUUUUCCUUUGCUUUAUCUGACGAAGAUAACAUCUAAUUCAUGAUCAAUUAAAGGUUGAUAUGCUUUCUGGUGUUUCCUGCGUCUUGCAAUUGAUUGUUCGCCUCCCCACUCCUUGCCCCCCAUUGUCAACAACAUUCCUUUCAGGUGUGUGUUGUCAUCUUGACUUUUUUCUUCGCAUUUCGAUAUCUAAUACAGAGGUUAUCUAUAGGUAGAUACUCUUGAUAAGUUUUGACGGGCUGAGUUCUUUUGUUUUUAGUAUAAACCAGCAGUAAAUAACAUUAAUAUUAAUCAUAAUGUAGCAGUAUAUAUCAGUAAACCAAAAUAGAUUAAAUAAGUACAUGUACAACAUGUAUAAAUAUUGCAUUACGUUCCCAUUUCUUCCUAUUCAACCAUGUUUAAUUUGCCCAAACUCACAAAGUACCUCAUAAUCCUAUUUAUUUCUACUUUAUGUGUGUGGUUUAUAAUGUAUUUGUGUGUUCCCAUAGAAACUUUCCAUUAUUAUUAUUACUAUUAUUCAAUGUGUGUAAACAAGUGAGUGUAUUGUGCAUGUACUUUGUACUGGUGAGUGUUCGCUUCCUCUCCGUGUCUGUCUGUCUAUCUAUCGGUGUGUGGUUCUUUUUGAUAUUCUUUGUUGUUGCAAUGUAUCUAACUACUAAUACAGUCAGUGUAGUUUUUUCUUCAUGUCACCACUUUCUCUCUGUCUCUUCUUCUCAUAGCUCUGUUUUCUUUUCUGAAUUGUCAUAUAGCGCAUUGUCCUUCUCUGUUUCUCGCGUAUAUCUAUGUUUUAUUCAGAAAAACAUAUUUAGUAACAAGGAAUAGAUGUAUUUUUUAAAUUUUAUUCAAUUGAAAAGAUGUUCUACAAUU